AUGUAUGUUGAGUUAUUAUCUUCUGGUGGCCAUGAAUUUAUUAUAGAAAGAGAAAACACAGGAAUACCUGGAACAAUAAAGGCCAUGUUGAAUGGGCCAGGUCAGUUUGCUGAGAAUGCAAACAAAGAGGUCAAUUUAAGAGAGGUCCCUUCACAUGCGCUUUCAAUGUAUUUUUCCUACAAGGUCCAUAACAACAGUCCCACUGAGAUUCUCAAAUACCCAAUUGCACCUGAAAUUGUCCUGGAACUGCUGAUUGCUGCAAACUUCCUAGAUUGUUAA